AUGGCAGCGGCGAUGAGAGAGUGGCCGGCGAGGUACUUCUUUGAGGAUUUGUGGUUCGCUCUGGAGCCGCCCGACGAUAUUAGGAGAGAGCGUUCUUACGUGACAGGGAACAUGGAAGUUUGCACCGGCAAGCUUCAAGAUCUUGACAUAACCUCAGACAUGAACGGGAAGACGGACGAUGGCGCCGAGGUGGGAACGGAGCCCGACCACGCCGUAUUUGAAAGGGACUACCUAGGCGAUGACGACGAGGAAUUGGAGCCCGAAGUAAUGUUAGGUGUCUUGCGGAAACCAAAGGAACCACAACACUUCCAUUCUCUUCUUCCCCAACACUUACCCAGUAAAGCUGGCGGUGCCCCGGCCUGGCUUGAUCCUGUCAAUUUGCCAUCUGGAAAAUCCAGUUGCUGUGACUUUUGUGGUGACCCACUGCGUUUUGUCAUGCAGGUAUAUGUGCCAGAUGGGUGGAAGGAGACGACCUACCACCGCGCAUUCUUUGUGUUUAUGUGUCCGUCCAUGUCAUGCUUACAACUGGACCAGCGCGAGCAGGGGAAGGACAGGGCAGCAAAUGCUAGAAGGAGUGUGAAGGUCUUCAGGUGCCAGCUGCCCAGAAUUAAUGCAUUUUAUACUCCUGAAGAGCCUAAGGGGUGCAUGGGAUCACAAUGUUCAGGAGCAUACCGUGCUCGGCUUUGUGAUUGGUGUGGUACAUGGGAAGGUGAAAUUUUGUGCAGCCACUGUAGCAAAGCAAGCUACUGUUCUAGAAAGCAUCAGGAAUUGCAUUGGCACGCUAGUCAUGAGAAUGAUUGCUCUCAAAUACCAGGUUCACCAGAUGCUUCUAUUCUGCCAGUCGCAGCAAAAGUAUUUCCUGGCCAUGCAUGGCCUGAAUAUGCGGCGGAUCAUGUACCUGAGCCGUCAUGUUCGACUAGUUCUAUCAAGGAUACUUCAGAACUGAUGAUGGUAGAAGGAGAAGUCGAAUCAGAUGCCAUGAUGCAGUUAUUCAUGGACCAGUUUGAGGAUGAUGAGGACAAUACAUGCUGGGCAUCUUUCAGAGACCGUGUUUCAAGACAGACUCAAGUCUUGAGGUACUGUGCGAACGAAGAUGCAGAACCUCUUUGGGCAGUAUCAACUGGGUCUCUGACAGGUGAUGAUAUCCCUUUGUGCAUCUAUUGUAAUGGGCAACUUCGCUAUGAAUUUCAGCUAAUUUCUCAACUGCUCCAUUACUUCCAUGUUGAAAAUGAACGAGACCCCGUCGACUGGGCAACAAUAGUUGUGUACACAUGUCGAGAGUCAUGUGAUGAAAGUGUUAGUUACAAGGAAGAAUUUAUGCUUCCGCCCUUACGUAUGAGGGGCCACACCAAGGUCAAAGAGAUGAACUACGACAACCGCUACGAGCCAUAUUACAGGAGAGCCGGGCUCUUAGGUUUCAUGCUCCAGUUCAAGCAUACGCCGCCGACGCUUGUCCACACGGCUCUCACAGCGUUGGUGGACCGUUGGCGGCCCAAGACGCACUCUUUCCAUCUCCCAUGUGGUGAGAUGACGGCGACGCUCGAGGACUUCACCAUGAUCACGGCCCUACCGAUCAAGGGUCAUGCUCUCAUUGGGCGCGUGGAUAGGAAGAACUGGCCGGACAGGGUUACCGCCCUCAUCGGCGACUGCCCUCCAAUCAAGAGUAACCGAACAUCCGGUGUAGCACUGGCAUGGCUCCUAGACCACCGGGCUGAAUGCCCGCAAGAUGAGGAUCCGAGGACCGUGGAGCAGUAUGCAAGGGCCUACCUGUGGUUUCUUCUCACGGAGGUGGUCUUUCCUGACUGCUCGGGGGACAACGCCCUAUGGAUGUACCUGGACUUCCUGGCCGACUGGGAUGCAGGGUACAGCUGGGGGUCUCCUGGCCUUGCGUACCUCUACCCUGGAUGA